GUGCCUCCCGUCCCACAAUUCUUCUUGAGGAGGCACAAAACAUGAGACACUGUUAUGCAGUCCACGCGGAGGGGCGGGCAAGUACAGUAAGCGCGCACAUGCAUCACCGCGGAGGCUAACAAGGCAUGAAAGAAGAAAAAUGGGCGUGGCUCAAACGGACACGUCAGAGUUGGGAACGAAACAAGAGCCCGUUCGGUUGAGCUUGCUCCUCGAUUUGCUCGAAUUUAGCGUCUGUCCCUUUAAGCUUGUCCGGGCGCGAGAAAACGCUGUCUCGCGCCUGCGCAUCGGAAUAUUGACCUCGCGCUCGUUUGGCGCUGCUCGUGACUACUUCUUGUUAUUUUUUUUUUUCUGAAGGUGGUAGUUGGGUGUGGGGGAGGGUAAAAAAUAACGUUUUGCGUUCGAUUCUUCCAAUUCAACCGAUAGAGGCGCCGCCGUUGCCAUAGCGACCUGCCCUUCGACGGGCCUGGCCUGGGACGAAGCCCCAGUGGCCGAGGCCAUGGAGGAACCCGGGGCAACCGCCUCGGUCUGUGGAGACGACGACGACGCGUCCGCCGCCGCGUCUGAAGUGACAGAAAUCCUCGUUCCUGGCCCGCAGCCGCUGCGGCUGCUCGAAUGGAAAGUAGCGACCGGAACGGCCGUGAAAAUCGGCUCGGUCUUAGCCGUCUGCGCGCCUAUCCAAAUCCCAGCGCGGCCGGGCGCGUUGCCUAUCGAGCCCGGCCUGCAACGGGCGGCCGAGCGAAAGGUCAAAGCCGAGCGCCCGGGAAUCGUACGAGAGCUGCGCGCCCAGCCGGGACAAGUCAUUCCGCCGGGAGGUGUACUGCUAAGGCUAGAAGCAUGUAGCCAUCCUGUUGUUAUGAAAGGCUUAUGUGCAGAAUGUGGUCAAGAUUUGACACAGUUACAAAGCAAGAAUGGAAAACAAAACAUGCCUGUUUCCACAGCAACUGUAUCAAUGGUUCAUAGUGUCCCAGAACUGAUGGUUAGCUCUGAGCAAGCUGAACAGUUGGGAAGAGAAGAUCAGGAAAGGCUACGCCGAAAUCGAAAACUUGUGCUGAUGGUAGAUUUGGAUCAGACAUUGAUUCAUACCACAGAGCAACACUGUCCACAGAUGUCUAACAGAGGAAUAUUUCAUUAUCAGCUAGGUCGAGGCGAACCUAUGCUCCAUACACGAUUGCGACCUCAUUGUAAAGAAUUCCUAGAAAAAAUUGCCAAGUUGUAUGAGCUGCAUGUUUUCACAUUUGGGAGCCGGCUUUAUGCACAUACUAUUGCAGCAUUUUUGGACUCUGAAAAGAAGCUUUUUUCCCAUCGAAUAUUGUCAAGGGAUGAAUGUAUUGAUCCAUAUUCAAAAACUGGCAACCUUAGGAACUUAUUUCCUUGUGGAGAUUCCAUGGUUUGCAUUAUUGAUGACAGAGAAGAUGUUUGGAAAUUUGCACCUAAUUUGAUCACUGUGAAGAAAUAUGUAUAUUUUCAGGGUAUAGGUGAUAUUAAUGCACCACCUGGCUCAAGGGAAGCUCAAAUGAGAAAGAAAGCAAAUCAUUCCUCAAAAUCAGUGGAUGCGUCUGAUCCAGCAGCAGUAAUAAAGGAUUCUGAAGAAAUAAAGAACACUGGAAAUGUGGAAGAGCAGAGCAAUGGCAUUAAAAAAUCUACAAAAGAAGUAAAUGGCAAUAAUUCUGACAGCAAUGAGCCUUCACCAAGGGAUUUGAAUUCUAACAAUAAAGGAACAGACUCUUUGUGUGAUUCUGAUCAGAUAAAAAAUGUUCCUAAUACAAAUAAUCAGAUGAGUGCCAAGGAAUCUUGUGUACCUUCAGAUCAUGAAAACAGGACAGUUAUAGGCAAGCAGCAGGUUCAAGACAAAACAGCCAAUUACUUGGACUUUGAGUUGUCUAGUGAUAGUGAAAGUGAUAGUGGCUUGGAAGCUAAAAAAUCUUUAUCCUCUUCUGCCUCAGAUAGUGAAAAUGAAGGGAAAAGAAGCUGGAAAAAAUCAAAGCAUCCUGUGCAGGAAGAAAAGGGUGUACAUCUGCUGGGAAAUGCUACAAAUGUAGAAAAAGAUGGACAGUUGAACCAUUCUGGAGACUCUGCAGCUUCACUUAACGUCAAUGCCCAUCCCAAAGCUUUGGAUUUGGAAACGCAUGAGGAAAUUGAACAAGAUAGCCUUUAUAGUCUAGGAAAUGGUUGUAUAGACAAGAAGGAAGCUGAAACAGAAUCUCAAAAUAGUGAACAAUCUGGUAUAACUGUAGGAGAAUCUUUAGAUCAAAGUAUGGAGGAGGAAGAAGAUGAUGACACAGAUCAUGAUGACCAUUUAAUAUACCUUGAAGAGAUUCUUGUCAGAGUGCAUACAGAUUAUUAUUCCAAGUAUGAUAAAUAUGUCAGAAAGGAAACUGAUGAACUUCCAGAUAUACGAAAAAUAGUGCCAGAACUGAAACAAAAAGUAUUGUCAGAUGUUACCAUAUUAUUUAGUGGAUUGUACCCUACAAAUUUUCCUAUAGAAAAAACACGGGAACAUUAUCAUGCUAUUGCACUUGGAGCCAAGAUUACAAAAACUCUUGUAUUGAAUGAAGAUGACCCCAAUAAGCCAACCCACCUUAUUGCAGCCAGAGCAGGCACAGAAAAAGUCCGGCAAGCUCAGAACUGUAAAAAUCUUCAUAUUGUAAAUCCAGAUUGGUUAUGGUGUUGUUUGGAACGAUGGGACAAAGUAGAGGAACAACUGUUUCCUUUGAAGGAGGAUUACUUCAAAACACAAAGAGAAAAUAGUCCUGCCAUGUUUCCAGAUAUCCCUAGUGCUUUCCAGACUGCUCUUUUUCAUCCAACUCCCAUUCAUCCAAAGUGUCAGCCUGGGCCUGAAGUUCGACUUUAUGAUCCCAAUACUGGAAAACUAAUUAGGAAAGGAUCUCAGAAUUCCAACCAGUCUUCAUAUAUUCAAGCACCAGCUCCUCCUCUCACUUUACCAGUCCAUGGAGAGCAUUCUUUAUUCAGAGCUGUUCAACCACAUCAACAGCUUCUUGAUGAAGAAGAGAUUCCAGCAAGUGAAAAUGAGGAGCCUGGCCCAUCCAGAAGGAAGCGCCAGCCAAGUAUGUCUGAGACUAUGCCACUCUAUACUCUAUGCAAGGAGGAUUUAGAAAGUAUGGAUAAAGAGGUUGAUGAUAUUUUAGGAGAAGGUAGUGAUGACAGUGACAGUGAAAAAAAGAAAACGGAAGAAGAAAAGCAAGAACCACAUAGUACUAUAAAAGAGACUCUAAAUAUAAAAGUGGAAGAAAGGCCAGUAUCAACAUCAUCAAGUGAAAGAAGUUUGACAGGCAGUAUACCCAGGGGUCACAAGCGAAAGCUAGCUGAUGAUGAUGUUGCCAGUGAAUCAAGUAAAGGAUCAAGCAAUGAAGAUGAGGAGGGUAGCAGCUCGGAGGCAGAUGAAAUGGCAGCAGCAUUGGAAGCCGAACUGAAUGAUUUUAUGUAACUGAAUUUAUGCAGAAGUGAGCUUGUUUGAGCUUUUUCCAACCACUCAAGAUUUGAAUGGACGGGUAUUUCCCAUCACCUCCAAAAAAGGUGUAUAUUUUGCAAAUCGCAUAGGAGGUGUAAUGCAUUAUUUUGCAAGGUCUGAAAUAGAUGUUUUUAAGAUACUUACUAAAAGAAUGUAUACUUUUUUUAAAAGGAAAAGUAUUAAAGAAGGAUUCAGUGUGAUAUGCCAAAGACAUAAGUUCUGUAAAACCUCCUUAUACAAUGGUGCAAAAUUUUGAACGGAAAGAUUUUUUUUUUUUAAUUGUCAUGACAGCUUUGGGAACCAAGCUUCAAAAGGAAAGAUCUGAGGAAUGUAUUGCAUGAUUAAGCUAAACGGAUAGCUGAGAUGAUUUCCUUCAUUGUGAAAUGUUAUGGAAUAAAAAAGGCUUUUUUUUUUUUUUAAAAAGGAACAUUUUAUAUUUGUAUAGGAACUGAGAAGGCUAUAUGCAAGCUUUAUGAAUUCUGCACUUCAUGUACCCACCGCUUGCUUCUAAGAGAAAUGUAAUAAUUGACUUUUAUGUUUUGUUACUUUAUGGAUUAGUUGUAUUCUUUAAGAUUCCAUUUAAAUUCUAACCUCUAUAAUUGCAGUUUAAACACGGGCUAUUCUGUGUAUUACUGUAUUGCCAUUUAAAAAAACUUUUAUUUUCUGCUGUAUUUGAAGGGAAUGGCUGCAAGCUAAUUCUAGAUAGUAUUUUAUUUCUUUGAAAGAAGAGAUGUAAAGUUUUUUGUACAUUCUAUUUCAUAUUUGAUCUACAAAACAGAUUCUUUUCGUUUAAUAAAAGACAUUUUAUAAGCUGUGGUUUCAAGUCAUGAAUUGAAAUGUUAAUUUCCUAAGAUGUAUCUUUUCCAAGAUUAGAUAUAAUGAAUUCUUAACUUUAUUUUGAAUGAAAUCAAAGCAUGUAUGGUAGAAUUUUUUUCAUGCUUGCUAUCUAAUCUAUUGUGUUAGCUUAACUAUAUCCGUUCAAACACAAGAGUUCUUAAUGUGUUUGAAUAGAAGCUUUAUUUUGAGUCAUUACUUUUCAAAAAGCACUUGUUGAGAGGAGGGUUUUAAUUUUUAAUAAAACUAAAACAUCAACAAUAAA